GACACGUCACAGUUACGUCACGGUCACGUGGGCAGCGCCCUUCCCAGAGUUCUUUGCUCCGCGCAUGCGCGCUGUCCUUUUCUCGCCCAGGUGUGGAUCGACUAGCAUCAACCAAUCUCAUCAUGCAGCUGUUCCUCCGCGCUCAGACUCUUCACACGCUCCAGGUGACCGGCCAGGAGAGCGUCCUUGACCUGAAGGCUCGCGUCCAGGCUCUGGAAGGGCUGUCUGUGGAGGACCAGGUUCUUCUUCUGUCCGGAGCUCCUCUGGAGGAUCAUGUGUCUCUGCUGGACAGCGGCGUCUCGGAGCACUGCACCAUCGAGCUGACCGCCAGACUUCUGGGAGGUAAAGUCCACGGAUCUCUGGCUCGUGCCGGUAAAGUACGAGGACAGACACCUAAAGUGGACAAGCAGGAGAAGAAGAAGAAGAAGACGGGCCGCGCCAAGCGUCGGAUCCAGUACAACCGGCGCUUCGUGAACGUGGUCCCGACCUUCGGCAAGAAGAAGGGCCCGAACGCCAACUCCUAAAGAACUGAGAAGAAACUCCGAGAGAGAGAAAUAAACAUGAAAUAAAGA